AUGAGUGGGAAGUUUGUCCGUGCUUCAAAGUAUAGACAUGUCUUCGGGCAAGCUGUCAAGAAGGAAUUACAAUACGAGAACGUUAGAGUCAGUGGUAAUGCUUGGGAUUCCAAUAUCAUUAAGACCAAUGGGAAAUUUAUCUCAGUCAAUUGGAAUGCUUCUGGUGGUGGUGCAUUUGCCAUCAUACCUGUAGAAGAAGUAGGUAAAUGUCCAGAUCAAGUUCCUUUAUUUAGAGGCCAUACUGCUCAAGUUUUGGACACAGAUUUCGAUCCAUUCAAUGACCAUAGAAUCGUGUCUGCAUCUGACGAUUCCAAGAUCGGGGUGUGGGAGAUUCCACAAGAUUAUAGUUUCCGUGAUUAUAACGAAGAAACUAUGGAAGAUGAUGAUCCAAAACCUAAGGAUAUUUCUCCAUUGAAAUUUCUUUCAGGUCAUACAAGAAAAGUCGGUCAUGUUCUUUUCCAUCCUUUAGCCCAAAAUGUUCUUGCUUCCUCUUCGUUGGACUACACCGUAAAAAUUUGGGAUGUUGAAUCUGGUGAGGCUAAAAUUACCCUAAAACAUCCAGAUAUGGUCACUUCAAUGUCCUUCUCCUACGAUGGACAAUACCUAGCUACAGUCGCUCGUGAUAAAAAAUUGAGAGUUUGGGAUAUUAGAGAAGAAAAAAUCGUCAGUGAAGGGGUUGCACAUUCGGGAGCUAAAAACCAAAGAGUUGUUUGGCUUGGUAACUCAGAUAGAUUAGCUACUACAGGGUUUUCAAGAUUAUCCGACCGUCAAAUCGGUAUUUGGGAUGCCUUCAAUUUGGAUAAAGGUGACCUAGGUGGCUUUUACAAUGUGGACCAAUCUGCAGGGAUUUUGAUGCCAUUCUUUGACGAUAGCAAUAAAAUCUUAUACAUUGCAGGUAAAGGGGAUGGUAAUAUUCGUUAUUAUGAAUUCCAAGAUGAUCAAUUAUAUGAAUUAUCUGAAUUUCAAUCCACUGAUCCACAAAGAGGGUUUUGCGUUGCUCCAAAGAGAAUGGUCAAUAUUAGGGAAAAUGAAAUUUUAAAAUGUUUUAAGACCGUUGUUGACCAAAGAAUCGAACCUAUUUCAUUCUUUGCUCCAAGAAAGGCAGAAGUCUUCCAAGAUGAUAUUUACCCAGAUGCUCCUUCUGAUAAACCAGCAUUAACAGCCAAUGAAUGGUUUGCUAAUGAAAAACAAGUAAAUGGUCCUUUAUUGGUAAGCAUGAAAUCCAUUUAUGAAAAUACCGACCCGGUUAUUGUUGAAUCUAAGAAAUUUACUAAAACAGAAAAGAUAGAAAAAAAGGAAACGAAUACAUCAAAAGAUUCCACUACCUCUUCCAAAUCAAGUUCUAAAAAUACUUCCAACAACACCUCACUAUCUGCUUCACCAAAGAAAUUUAACGAUGAUACACCAAUUAAAAGUAGUAUUGUAUUGAACAAUAAUACUAACGAUAAGAACUCUUUGAAAAACGCUUUGAAAUCAGAUAGUUCUGUAAAUGAAUUAUUACAAAAAUCAUCAAUGCUAGACGAAGUCAAUGAUGCAGAAGACCCUUCGAAGGGAUCUUCAGAAUGGAACGAUGAAGAUGAUAUUCCAAAGGACAUCUCUCAAGUCAGCGAAUCAGCACCAGAGAAAGAAAGUAUCCCUGUAUUAAAAAAGGAAGUUACUAUUUCUCCAAAACCUGAACCAGUUUCAAUUGCUAAAGAUUCGAUAGCUACUUCAAAGAAGGAAGAAGAACCAAUUAAUGUUUCCUCCCCAUCCACACCUGCAAGCACGAAGUCUUUAGGCUUGAAACAGUCCGUUGAAAAAUUAUCAACUCUUGUUUUACACUUAGAAGAUGUCAUUAAUAAACUAAACGAAGCAAAUGCUGAAAAGGAUGUUCGUCUGAAAGAAUUAGAAGAUAAGAUUGAUCAAUUAAUUAAGAAAAAUUAG